CGGGAGAGUGGUAAGCCGAGGAAAUUGCUUGUAUACAUAGUUAAGGCAACUACGUCCGAGCGUCCGGGUGAACAAAUUGUACUUCUACAGCUCUCCCUCUCUCUCUAGGUAUCUUUCUUUCAUCCCACGUCUUUCCUUUGCCAACCUCCGAGCUUUGCUCAGUUUGCACAUAACGCUCGCUAUCAACCAUCCUCAAGCCAAUCUAUCAUAGCACAUAAGGCUUCCCCUGCGAAGACAUCUCUUGGCAAAUCGACCAAGAUGCCCAAUUCCAACAUGCAAAGGCUCGCUGUGCGAAAUGCUGGAUAUGCUUCGUCAGUAUUUAUUCGCUGGUUCCUGUUCCAGCUAACAUGAUUAGUGGCAGCAACAGCGGUGGAGGUCGAGGUCGUUCCUUCGGUGGAUAUAACAGCGGUCCCAAUAACGGACUUCCUUCAAAGAUCAAGUGUUAUAAAUGUAACAAGCCCAAGACUGUCACCGCUUUCUCCACCAAGCAGCGUGAGAACGCCCAGUCUUCUGUUCGCUGUGGUCGUCCGAUCCAGAUCGCGUGCGUCGAGUGUAACCAACAGACCGUUGUGGAGAUCACCUGCAUCGAAUGCAAGGUUACCAAGUCGGUGCCCGAAUUCUCCAAGGCACAGGCCAAGGAGACUGAUACUGCCCGGUGCUUUAAAUGUGUUGAGGAGCGCACCACGAUGGAAGCCCAGAAGUCGGAUUCCGACGAUGAUGAUGCGGCAUAUUCCGCUGACGACGAUGAUGAUGAUGCUACAUCUUUCUUCCUGAGCAGCAUCCCUUCACAAACCGGACGUGCUACAUCAAAUAAUGGCAGUGGUGUUGCUGUUGGCCCUGUUUCGAGCCCUUCAGUCUCCUCGUAUGACGAUACCCGUGAUGGAUUCAUGCCCUAUAAGACAAAGUCGUACAUCUCAGGUCAGACCGCUGGCAAAAGUCACAACCGUGUACCAAUGCACAACUGGGCUCCAGGCCGUGCGCAGGAAGCAUCUCGAUCCACCCCAUCAAUCGCCACAGGUGUUAGUUUGCUUACCCAGUCGGGCUUCAAUCCUCGCGGUUAUGGUCAUCCAGGUUCUAGUACUGCACCUUCUGUCUCAGGCUCCGAGUGGGGAUCUACCAAUACGGAGCGCAACAGUACACGCAACGUCACUGGCGCAAAGCACAGAGCGUUCGCCAAGGUCAAAGCCUAUAAACCACCCAAGAAGGAGGAACUGAACGAUCCUUCGGACAAUGGUACCUCCGACUCCGGAGAGUCCUAUGAUUCUGAUAUCUAAGGUUGAAGAGAAAUAAUGCAAUGGCCUAUCGUAGAGUGGAGCCAAUCUAGAGCUUAUCUUGGAUUGAGGACGGAUCGGGCACAUUGGCAUGGAAGAUAGGCUGGAAGCGAGCAGAUGUUGCAUAACGAAUGCA